AGGGGAAGCGGGAAGUUUGCACCGCAGGGCGAAGCGAAAGCAGAAUGGAGGAAAAGGUAUCGAAGGUCACUUCAUGGUUGAAGGAUGUUUUUGGGGAGCAGCCGAUUCCUCUUUUCGAAGUGAACGCACGGACAGUGGAUAUUUUGUAUGAGCUGGCCGAAUGCAAUGAGUCCAGAGAUGGGGACGUCCAUUUAUUAAUUGAAGAUAUGAAGCAGAAAGCUGUGGAGUAUGAGUCAGAUGGCCUCUUCCUGCAGGAACUUUUAAUGGAGAGUCUGAAUCUUUCCCUUAGCAGCCUAUCUAAAGCCAGUACGAGCUACCUAAAUAACCUAGUGGAUAUUGCCUUGGCUCUGGAGACAAAGGACACAUCUCUUGCAAGUUUUAUUCCUGCCAUCAACGACUUGACUUCUGAUCUGUCCAGAGCACAAUCCAAAAGCAAAGAACUCGAACUCGAACUCAAUACCUUGAGAAGAAAACUCACAUCAGCGCUUGUGCUGGAAAAACGCCUUCAGGAUGAUGUCCUGAAAACCGAAAAAUUUCUGAUAGAGGAAAGAAAAACAGCUGAUCACCGAAUGAAGAAUAUGGAGUUCCUAAUGAAAAAGUCGGAAGAUAUCAAAUGCGAAAUCAGAUCCGCCAAGGAGCAGCUGUCUGCGAGUGGGCUGGAUGCUUCCCUGACACAUGAAUCACUGGUGACCCUUUCAGAGAAACUGGCAGAUUUGAAGAACCAGUCAGUUCCUUUAAAGAAGAAAAUAAAGUCUUAUCUGGAUCUCACACCGAGUCCUUCUCUAGCUCGAGUGAAGAUUGAAGAAGCCAAGAGGGAGCUGGAAGCCCUGGAGGCCGAAUUUUCAACAAAGCUGGACAUGACUGCACUUUCAGUAACUUUGCCGACCAAACGACCAUUUGUGUAAUCAUUCUGGUGCGCGGAGAAAAAUGGGAACAAUUGUGUGUGUUGUGCCACAAUACCAUAUUGUAUAUAAAUUUAUUUUUCUUCCUGGGACAUGAUACUCAGUCUUGCUGAAUAAAAUUUUUAAAUGUAUGGAUUUAUACAAGCCAUUGGGCUACCCGAUUGUGUGCUGUAAAAUGUUAUUGCAUCUAACUCGUUCACAGAAGAAUAACUGUAAACAUAUCAUUACUGACAAUAAAGUGUUAUUUAUUUAUAAAAUUUA